AUGGACGCCCUCAUCCCGUUCACCACCUCGGGUUCGCUCGUCGACCUUGUGGACAAGAAGGUCCUUGUCGUCCUGCGAGACGGUCGCAAGCUCACUGGUGUUCUCCGUAGCUACGACCAGUUUGCCAACUUCCUCCUUGAGAGCACUGUCGAGCGGUUACACUACAAGUUCGAGUACAGCGAUGUUGACAUUGGUGUGCUGCUUAUCCGUGGAGAGAACGUUGUUGCACUGGGCGAGAUUGAUCUGAUCGCCGAGGACAACCUGCCCUUUGUCGAGAUCCCGUUGGACGAGAUGCGCGACAAGCUUGCCGCUCAAGAGAAGCGGAGAGAGAGGGAUAACAUUGUCAAGGACAAGGUCCUGGGAUCCCUCGGCUUUGUGUCUGACCGUCACGAGGGCGACGCGUACUAG